CGUCGAGAAGUGUCCAUGAAUGACUUCUGGCUUCUCGAAGAACACCUGAAUCGGAGAUUUCUUUCCUUCAGCAACACAGAUCGAAGCGAAUAACCAUACAGAGAAAGAGUAGAGGACUUAUUGAAGUAUCCAACUCGAAAUUUUCUUUAUUUAUACUCAAGGAUAUCAGUUCUGAAGAGCUGCUUAUACUUCUUGCUAUGUCAUCAUGAUAAGUUGUUCUCCUAUCACUACAUGCGUGAAACAUGUUGUCUACCUUAGUAGGUAUGCUGGAAAGCAAAAGACUGCUCAAGUUUAUGCUAUGGUGUCUCAAUCACAAUCAAACACAUGCUGUUUUUAUUUCCAUGGCGGUCACUCCAAACCUAGAUAUGCUGGUUUGACCAUCUCUGCGAACUUUUGUUCCCAAGCACUGAGGGGAAACUCUCUUUCAUCUAGCUUCUCCAAAUGGAGGAGAAACUGGCAUCCAUUAACUAUCAAAAGCUCAGCAAAUUCUUCAGGACGGAAGAUGUCAUGUCUAGGGAUUUCAUCACCAUGUCAAAACAUUUGUUUAAGGCUUUUGGUGCCAAGACGAGAAAUGUGUGCCAAAGUCAGGUGGAAUUUCAGACCCACAUCUCCGCAGCAAGGAGGUACCUCUGCAGGCCUGAUUUUUGGCUUGCUGGUUUUCUUUUCAAGUUCCAACCCAAUAUAUGCUGCAGUGGCCAAAAGGAAGAAGGAUCACGAGGAUGAUUAUGAGUCUUCUGUGACCACUUCUUCACAUGGGAAGAAAGUUUACAUGGACUAUUCCAUCACAGGCAUUCCUGGAGAUGGGAGAUGUUUGUUCCGCUCAGUGGCACAUGGUGCUUGUCUACGAUCUGGUAAACCAUCUCCUAGUGAGAGCCUUCAGAAAGAAUUAGCAGAUGAAUUGCGAGCCAGAGUUGCAGAUGAGUUUGUCAAAAGACGAGAAGAGACGGAAUGGUUUGUGGAAGGAGAUUUCGACACAUAUGUUUCACAAAUCAGGAAGCCACAUGUAUGGGGAGGUGAACCUGAGCUAUUCAUGGCCUCACAUGUUCUGAAGAUGCCAAUCACUGUUUACAUGCAUGAUAAGGAUGCUGGUGGCCUGAUUACCAUUGCUGAGUACGGUCAAGAAUAUGGUAAGGAGGAUCCUAUUAGAGUCCUCUAUCAUGGUUUUGGCCAUUAUGAUGCUUUGCAGAUUCCUGGGAAGAAGGGUGUUAGAUCAAGACCAUCGCACAUGUAAUUAGAUUCAAGCCGGGAAAGAAAAAUUGGAAAAUUUUAGGGUAAAAAAAGGCAUGGUCAGGGUGAGCAAAAUGC